AUGAACUACAUCUCAGACCUCGUCAUGUCGGACGCCGUCAUCAACCCCCUCCUCGACAAUGGCUAUCUCCCACACUUUGUGAUCCGCCGCGGCAUCCGCGCGCAGCUGGCCGACCGUCUCAACUCCAUCGCCAGCACGUCGUUAGAAGCCGCGUACGAGUCCAAGAUGAAGUAUGUUGAGCUGUUGCGCACGCGGCCCAUUGCCAUUGAGACUGCGACUGCCAAUGAGCAGCACUACGAAGUCGGCACGUCUGUGCUGAAAGGUAUGCUCGGGCCGCGGAUGAAGUACUCGGCGUGCUUGUACGAAAAGGGCGGCGAGACGCUGGCGCAGGCUGAGAUUGCCAUGUUGAGGACGUAUGUUGAGAGGGCGGAACUUGAAGAUGGGCAGAGAAUCUUAGAUCUCGGAUGCGGCUGGGGCUCAGCAUCCCUCUACUUUGCCGAGAUCUUCCCCAACGCAAAGAUAACCGCCUUCUCUAACAGCCGUACGCAGAAACAGCAUAUCGACAGCGUCGCCGCCUCCAAGGGUUUCAAGAACCUGACCGUCAUCACCGGCGACGUCGUAGACUAUGAAUUCACCCCGGAGUCCUUCGACCGUGUCGUCUCCAUCGAGCUGUUCGAGCACAUGAAGAACUACGCGCUGCUCACGGCCAAAGUCUCGCGCGCUCUAGCGCCGGGUGGUAAACUAUUCGUGCACAUUUUCGCGCACAAGACGAUGCCGUACGACUUUGACGGCGGGUGGAUGACGGAGCAUUUCUUCACGGGCGGGACGAUGCCCAGUGCAGAUCUUCUGCUGUUCUUCCAGGAUGAGUUGAGGGUUAAGAGGCAGUGGUGGGUGAACGGCAUGCACUAUGGAAAGACUUGCGAGGACUGGCUGCUUACUAUGCUGAGUAAUAAGGAGAGUAUCAUGAAGGGCCUCGAGGAGACGUACGGUAAGGAGGGGGUGGUGACUUGGUGGAAUAGGUGGCAGGUUUUCUACCUGGCGUGUGCGGAGUUGUUCAAGUGGGACGGCGGAGAUACAUGGGGUGUCAGCCAUUACCUGUUCGAGAAGGCGAAGUAG